UCGAAUACAUACAGUCAAAACAGAAGCGACAACAUAAUAAGCAAUCAUUGAACAAACAGAGUUGUCUCUCCAUCUCUUUCUUCCGAUAUAACCAAAACCCCAGCUAUGACUUCCUAUCCAGCUCCCAUAAACCCGACCCAGACCCGCAUAGGAUGGAUAGGCACAGGCGUAAUGGGUGGCGCCAUGGCGUCUCGCCUUCUCUCCGCUGGCUAUUCCGUCACAAUCUACGCCCGUAAUCCUUCUAAAGUUGUUCAUCUUCAAUCCCAAGGUGCCCAUCUUGCUGAUUCCCCAGCUGAUCUUGCAUCUAAUAGCGAUGUUAUUUUCACUAUGUUGGGUCACCCAUCAGAUGUUCGACAAAUUGUCUUAGAGGAUUUGAUAUCUUCCGUCAACCCCAAUUGCGUCAUUAUUGAUCACACCAGCAGCCACCCAGUACUUGCUAAGCAAAUCUUUGAUGCUGCCCGUGAGAAGAAUUGCUGGACUAUUGACGCUCCUGUAUCUGGAGGAGAUAUUGGGGCGAGAGAAGGGAAAUUGGCAAUUUUUGCUGGUGGAAAUGUGGUUGUGGUGAAGUGGUUAAAGCCUUUGUUUGAUGUGUUGGGAAAGGUGACUUUUGUAGGUGGACCAGGAAAGGGACAAAGCUGUAAAAUUGCGAAUCAAAUCGUCGUUGGGGGGAACUUGCUCGGGUUGAGUGAAGGAUUGGUGUUUGCGGACAAGGCAGGGUUGGAUAAGAUGAAGUUUGUGGAGGCAAUUAAAGGAGGAGCAGCUGGGUCUAAGGUUAUGGAGUUGUUUGGAGAAAGAAUGAUUGGGAGAGACUUUAGGCCUGGUGGGUUUACAGAGUACAUGGUCAAGGACUUGGGAAUGGGUUUGGAUGUUGGAGCGGAGCAGGGUGACGAUGUUGUGGUGUUGCCUGGUGCUGCAUUGUCUAAGCAGCUGUUUUCUGCUAUGGUUGCUAAUGGAGAUGGGAAGCUUGGUACUCAAGGACUUAUCACUGUUAUAGAGAGGAUCAAUGGCAAGUGAGAUCUUGAAAUAUUCUUGUGCCAAUGUUCAUAUUGACUUGGGCAUCUUUGCCUCUGUCAGUUGCUGAAGUGGCAGCUAUAUUGGUGAGUUUGGAUUCGCUGUCCCUUAUUGAAGAUGGUAAACUUAAGAGUACUUUGUUUGACAAAACUGUGCUUAUAUUGGCAUUACUUACAACUGUUUGCUAUAUACACCAGAAGAAACAUAUGGGUUAGUCAUUUCGGGUCAUUAUUCUUGAUAAUUGAUGGGUUUAGGCUAAUAAGUGACAAUGUUCCAUUUUAGUGGUGCCUACACUAGUCAGUUAAUUUA